CGACCUUACAGCUUUAAGUGGAGAGGGAAGACGUCAAAUACCAUUCCGGGCUGUAUUUCAUCAUGGAUGAGUACAUUAGUAGAACUAUCGACCUUCCGUAAGCCAACUUGAUGGCUUCCUCACAUUCUACACCCCAAGCAAGAUUCGAACCCAAAUCGGUGACGGACAUGUGAUUUUGAAAUCAGUGAACUUAACCAUUCGGCCACAGACAUACACUUUAAGAAUGAAAACAGUUGCCUUGGAUACCGUUUUAUGUAUCAAUGAUGUAUCUGUUGUUGCCAAGACGUCACAGAUUCUCAGCAACAUCACGUUUUCAUCAUGCAGUGGAGAUUUUCUUGCAAUUAUGGGACCUUCAGGUGCCGGAAAAACAACCUUGCUGAAUGCUAUUGCUGGAAGGCAGCCAUUAUCUUCAGGGGAGAUCACUCUAUCUGAAAAGAAUUUUGACAAACAGUUGAGGCGCCGGUUAGGGUUCGUUUUGCAACAAGAUGUUUUCUUUUCUCGCCUCACUCUCUGGGAAACACUAUAUUUCACAGCAAUGAUAAGGUUACCUGAGCAUAUUUCACUUGCAGAGAAGAUGGACCGAGUGGAUGAAAUCAUCAACAUGUUAGACAUACGAAAAUGCGUAAACACGAUUAUCGGAGAUAUGUUUGAGCGAGGAUUGUCCGGAGGAGAGAAGAAAAGAGUAAGCAUUGCUUGUGAACUGUUGACAGAUCCGGAUAUACUCUUAAUUGAUGAACCUACGUCGGGUCUAGACUCCAGUACAGCGUUAACCCUUAUCAAACAGAUGAAGACAUUCGCCGCUCAGUACAAUAAAACAAUUAUUGUGUCCGUACACCAGCCAUCCAGCCAGAUCUAUCAUACAUUUGACUCAUUAUUGUUGAUGGCCAGUGGCAAAGUUGUAUACUUUGGGGGUGCACAAGAGGAGCCGUUAGAAUUCUUUGAACAAGUGGGAUUAAACUGCGGCGAGAUGUACAAUCCUGCAGAUUUCUUUCUUGAAGUGCUCACAGUUGACCAAGCUAAAAUUGAUGAGAUCGUGUGCGCUUUUAAACAAAAGAGAAUAACUUUGAUGAAUAAGUUGUCAGUGCAACAAGACUUUGAUGGAAAUGAAACACUUCAAACAUUAAACAACGGCAAUGAAAUUCCUGCAGUAGCCUCCAGUUACAGUGGUUCUUUGAAAAAGAGUGAUUCAUCUUCAAGCAUAAUAAGCAAAAGAUAUUCGUCUGGAACAGUUGUUAUGUUUGACGAACUUCACGUUAGCGACUUGAAAUCUUCCGAUCAACAAAGAUGGCCAUGCGGAUUUUACACACAAUUUCGUAUGUUGUUCUGGCGAAAUUUCAAGCAGUCAAGGGGAAGAAUUCUACAUCUUUUUGGUGUCAUUCAUUAUGUUGUAAUUGCAGCAUUUGUAAGCAUGGCGUUUUUCAAGAUUUCAUCAGAUGCCAAAGACUCUAGAGACAAGAUGUCCGUGUGUUUCUUUUGUGUUGCUUUCUGGACAUUUGCGCCCACGUUAGACGCAACUUUAGCGUUUCCAGCAGAAAUGGAUGUUGUUUCAAAGGAGCGAGCGGCAGGUGCCUAUAGAUUGUCAGCCUACUAUUUUGCCAAAAACAGUGAGUGAGCUACCGUUGCUUUUCCUGAUGCCUACGUUAUUCUAUCUUUGCGUUUACUGGAUGGCGGGACUUAAUGGCGUGCGAGAAUUUUUCAUCACUUGGCCAGUACUUAUAAUGAAUGUCUACAGUUCCCAGGCCAUGGGAUUGUUUCUUGGCGCAGCCAUAUCUAACGUGAAGCUCGCUAUUGUGACAGGGAAUACAAUAUUAAUCCUUUCCUUUCUAUUCAGUGGAUUUAUAACACAAUCCAUUCCACACUGGAUUUCUUGGAUGAAAUAUUUCUCCCAUAUGCAUUACCCAUUAAGUGCAAUCUGUCUCAUCGUUUUUGACAAUAUGGAACCUUUGCCGUGUAACGAUACCAGUGUGAAAGACUUAGCAAAAUGUUUACAAAAUGAGACAGCAGUGAUCACUUCGACGGAUAUACUUUAUGGAGCAGGCAUGGUACUUCCGAUGUACUGCUACCUCGCCACUUUUGCACUCAUUUUUGUUUCAUUGAGAGUUGCUGCUUAUGUUGCCCUACGCUUCAGAUGUCAUAUUCCCCUAUAAGAAAUUUUACCUGUAGCUUUUCUAAUUUAGGGAAAUGGAUGUUCCUCAAUAAUACUGGAUACAUGUCCCCAAUAUAAAAUCCUCCUAGCCAGGAAGUCGGAUGUUUUUAGACAAGAAGCAUUAUUUAUUCUUAGAUGCAGGAAAUCAAAUGAAUGUGUAAAUGUGUAAUGACAGCCAGAAAAGAUGUUAAUGAGAGGAAAAAAUUGAGACGCCAACAGAAGACUUUGAAGUAGUUUCUCUUUUACUAAGACAAGCGAGAGUCAUUUUCAAUUUCAGCUUCCACACUUACCAGAUUACUUUUAAAUCAUUCAGAAUUAUAAAAAGUGUAGUGACAGACGUGAUGUACAUAUUUGUGUGAGACUCAACACAUUUCUACCAUCAGUAGCAAAUUAUUAUUUAUUUGACACGACUUUCACUACUAUAUCUUGAUUUUGAACUAUUAAUGUCUAGUACCUUUUAAUCGAUUUGUCCAUUUGAACACUUUGUUUAUAGAAAAUAUUGCUUUAUUUGUUAUAAAACUCGAAUAUUCGUUGAAAAUCAAAGUAUAUUAUAGUAACACGCAAGAAACAAAAAUAACAACACAUUUUUACAGAGCAAUUUUAUUCCGACAAAGUUGGCAGGAUAAUGUUCUGCCAAAGAAGUAAUUUUCUAUUAACAUAUAUAAUGUUAUUUAAAAAGGUAUUUCAUAUUGGCGUUGUUAUUAAUCAAAAUGUUGUCAUAUUAGUUCAAGACAUAAGGCCGAGGGCCAUACGACUUACGGAGGGCAAAUACAUUAAUUGUAGGCCAAUAUGAACACACUUUAUUAAUGAUUACUUUUUAUACUGGCUAGAACACCACAAGAACUCUUUUAGUUACCUUACGACAGUUAUGCACAUUCAGAUCAAAUUUAGUUUAGUAUUAUCAAUUAAACCCUGAUUUUCAAAGUCAUCAUCAUAUAAGUCAGUAAAACAGCUAUGGUGGUGAUUAAACUUUAGAGACAAUGUGAUGCAUCCAUGAAAAAUUCACACCUAACAGAGCAUUAUUAGAAUAUAAAUAAGCAAAGUCUCAGAUUAAGAUCUUAACUUAUUAAGGGUUCCUUUCAGUAAGGAGUUUAUGAUUUCUACACCAAAAAUCUCUAUUUACACAAUUCAAUGCUUUUCCAUAGUCCACAAAUGCACAGUAUAAUUUCUAAGUCAUAAAAGGAUAAAGUUCGACCAAUAUUUUUAAUGUAAUUAUGUGAUCUACAGCUCCAUAAUUUUAAGUAAUUUAGCCUGUUCUUCAGAUAAUAAUGCUUAAUUCUCUGGAAAGGUAUCAAGUCUUUUAUCAAGAAUACUUGUUUCGUGACCUCCAAUUCCCACACCUACCUGAGCGUCCGCUUCGAGUGCGGGAGGUCGUGGGUUCAUUCCCCGGCCGCGUCAUACCAAAUACGUAAAAAAUGGUACUAGUAGCUUCCUCGCUUGGCGCUCAGCAUUAAGAGGGUAGUACUAGGACUGGUCAGCCCGGUGUCAGUAUAAUGUGACUGGGUGGGGUAUCAUGUCACGUGUCUACGGCGUGAUAUUCUAGUGAGGCAGCAUUAUAAAGUUGGGCAUUGUGCUCACUGCUACAAGAAGACACCAUCAUUUACAUGACUGAAAAAGUGUUGGAAAAAGACGUUAAACCCGAACACACACACACACACACACACGCACACACGCACGCACGCACACACACACACACACACCUACCUUAGAAUACAGUUUGGUAAAAUACUUGAUACAUUCAAAAAGAAAAUCUUAAGACACUGUAUUUUAGAGACUUCGUAGCAUUGUUUUUAAUAUUUUGAUUUAAUUGUUUUAUAUGCGAUAACAUCAGAUGUUACAGUAAACCUCGCUUAUAAGGAACAGCUUGGGACCUCUAAAAAUUGUUCCUUAUAACCGAGUUUCCCUAUAUCCAUAUAGCGAACUAAUUCCUUGUAACCGAUGUUUGUAUAACGAACACAAUUUGUACAGCGAACACUAUUUGACUGACGUUUGAAAAGGGCUCCGGGUCGACCAUGAAUCUUUAUGUGAGAAAGUUGUGAGUCUAGUACCGGUCCUAUCCUACAGAGAUUGAAAUAGUGUUGAAACACGGCGUUUAAACCUAAACUAAGCCAAAAUCGGUAAGGAUGACGUGAUUUGUGUUUAUUUUUUGUCGGCUAUUUCUAUCUUCUUUUUUAGGAGAGCACUACAUUAUGAUUAUAAGAUAUGUUGCAGCCCUUACCUUGCUCGACAGCAUUUUAUGUGAAUAGGCAUCAAUACUAAUAUUAAAUAAAUGUUCAAAUAAUUAAUACAAAAUGUUAAAUUAGCCUACCAAUUCAAAUCAAGUAGGGUGUUUAUGACAUACAGUGCAUUACGACUAGACAACGGCGCCAUACAAACGGACUAAAAUGUAAAUUAUAUCUAUAGUUUUGCUAUUGUCCAUUUUAGCACCUGCUAUAAUUUUUACAAUUGAAAAUUGGGUAAACUGGACUGUUUAUCAUUGUUAAUCACGCGUAAUUAACACAUUUAUUUAGGAUAGUAUGACAUGACCGUGUCCACGACUGAUUUUCGUUCACUAUUGUUAACAUGAAAUACCCAAUACAUGUAGCUCUCAAACAUAAUCUCGAGUAAAUAUAAGUUAAUUAUGAUAGUAUUUAUUUUCUUUUAUCAUAUCCGUGAAAUAACAAACUAAAGACCAUAGAAAUGAAAUAAUAUGUGUUUAUUCAUGUGCAUAAAAGCGCGUGAAAGUGCUGACGUUACUCUGACGUCAUCAGCGAUUCUCCUGUUUAUUUCCAGUUUUCAAUAAUUUUUAUUAUUUAUGUCUGUUCGCUAUAACAGAGGUGUUUUCUAUUGAAUUUCAAACUUUUGGGACUAGAAAAAGUGUUCCUUAUAACCGGGUGUUCCUUAUAACCGAGUUCCCCAUAACCGAGGAUUUUUACAUUGAAUAAAGAAGGCAUUAGAUCGGGGAAUUGAAAACUGUUCCUUAUAACCGAGUGUUCCUUAUAUCCGAGUUCCUUAUAAGUGAGGUUUACUGUAGUUUUUAAAUUUUUGUGGGUUUUUAUAUUUCAUCAUUUAUAUUUUAAGGUUUGUUAAAUUAAAUGCACAGCGCCAUUGAAUAUGUCAUUGUAUAGAAAUUGGUGUUUAAUCAAAUGAAUCAGUUUAGUUUCAGAUAACAUAAAAUAUAUACUAGGAACCGCGAUUUCUACCAAUGUAGACAAAUCUGCUGUCCCUUAUGCGUUUAGAGCUCCAUUAUGGCAGUAUUGACACAAUAAUUCUGUUGCAAAUGUUCUGUCAUACGAAAGGACAACAAACCUCUUAACUACUCAUAUAAUGGCAAUAUUACAUUACCCUGGGAAAUUGAAGAUGCCACACUAUAAGCUCGAUGUUGCUUUCAAGAGAAGUGCUGGUUUCUUCCAUUUUUCACAAUAGAAGAAUGGGGUCUGAUCACAACUAGCUUUGAGAAUAUCCUACAAGUAGAUUUUCCAUACCAUAUCACACCUAAUGAGAAUUCUUGGAAGAAUCUUUAUAUGUAUGUUUGAAGUAUCUAUGAUGAACGCUUUAGUAGGACCCGUUUUCAGUCUGUUUAAAAUUGGAGCCCCAUCCCAAACCACUGCAUUAAUUAUGGAUGUUUCAGUCUGAAAGGAUGACAACGUCUUAAAUGGCAACGGGUAACCUUCUCGAACAGAUGGGUGAGGUCAAAUGUGAAAAAAAAUCAUGGUGUCUACAGGUUCAGAGUCUGGACGUAUGGUGUGCAGUCCAUCUACUAUUGUCUAGCAUGCCACAAAUAGGCUUCCAUGCGGCUAUCUUUAUAUACAAUCCACUCGGUGCAAUCAAAACCUUAUUCUCACCAUAUGUCAUUGGCCUAUUCCGCUUUAUCUGUUUGGCGAUUGCAUACAGAGGAUGUUUGUAUGCUGUAACUGGAAUCCAGUGGAGACUGUGGCAGUGGGCAGUAGCCUUGAUAAUGUACAUCGAGUGGUACAACCAUUCUUUAAAGUCUGCAUCACUGUGAUUCAGGUUUGCACGACAUUGCAGCGGAUCUAUAAGACCUUUUGGAGCUUGGAAUACAUCUAAGCGAAAUAAUAGCAGACUCGACUUUACUGAGUCUGUUCAUAAGAGGUAAUGGAUAGUGCAACUCCCCUCACGCCACCUAGCAUUGACUUUAGCGGAAUUCUAUAGAUAUUAAAUGGAUUCCAUGAUACUUAAAAUAUAGCAACACUGAACCCACGACAAUAAACUAGCCAUAUUAUUACUAUUGUUUUAUGUUGAAAGAAAAUGUAAAACAGUUCUAGACUACGGUACAGUAAUUUCAGUAAUAAUAUGAAAUAAGGCACUGCCUCAAUCAGGAAUCGUUACAUUCCAUCAGCUUGCCCAGAAAUAUGCGUUUGUAUCAAUUUAAAGGUAUAUUUUGGAAUAAAAAAUAACAAUACUGCCCAUAUUUGUACUGAUUGUGCAAGACGUUGCGGUUCGGACAAGUUAUGUGAACGCUUAUUACGCACAAGGAAAAAGCGUAUUCUUCCAAAAUAUCCGAUCUCAGACGCACUGUGCACGUGCCGGAAGAGCACACUUCUUAAUUCGAUAGUUUAUCUCAUUCGGUAUAUAUCGCAUGUUACUGUAGAGGGAUCGAUUCGCGGCGAAAAUCGGUAGGAUCGAUUUCCUAUAACAAUACGUAGCAGCAGGUUAACCGGGGUGGGGGAGGGUGAACCUCUAUAUGCAGCCCGUCUGGGCGUACCAUGUAAGGUUUUAAGCACUGGUAUUCACAAUAGAGGUAAAAUAACCUCAGGGGGAAGGGUGCGGUCAUGAUAUUGUGUUAAAUAAGGCUGUUAUAAAUUUUUUUAUUAUUAUUGUCGUUAUUAUUACUGUUAUUAUUAUUAUUAUUAUUUUUAUUAUUAUGUACAACGCCAUUGAAUAUGUCUUUGUAUAGAAAUAGGCGUUUUAUCAAAUUAUUCAGUUUCAGUUUCAGGCGGGUAAGUUGAUUACAAAUUAAUUAUUAUGUAAGUAGCACACACUAAGGAUUGCUUAUACACAGAACAAUAAAUUGACAAUAGCAUAAAUUCAGUACUUGAUAGUUCUUUCAAAUCUAUACAUUUACAAACUGUAUUUUAUUGUGCUAAUUAUCUGAUUUAUAUAUUAAAAUGUGUAGUUCACAACUUCUAUAUACCUUUAUUACACAUCUGGACUGGAAAUUGUAUUUUUGUACUUUUAUUGUUAGUAAAUUAUCUCAACUAUA